AACCAGUGUGGUUACUGCAGCCAUUUAUAUCAGUCGACAUAAAAUGUGUUUUACGAUUUUUAGAAUGAAAGGAGCUGUCGGGCAAAUAAUUUGUUUCAAUUUUUACAUUUGUAAUGGAAUUUCUUGUGUCUCCUGUUCUAGUAAUUCUACAUUCAUGAAGCGUACUUUAACUGACGAUGAAAUGACGAAGAAUUCGACCAGUAGCCGUUAAACAGCCAGAACAAUGGUGACCUACGUGGAAUUCUUAUGCGGCUUAGUAACAUUAGCUGUCGCCUUCUACUAUUACCUAAUCUGGAAUUACGAUUUCUGGAAAAAACGUGGCGUGCCCGGACCAGAACCUCGUCUGUUUUUCGGUACUCAAAAGGAUCUACUGCUUGCAAAAGUAACCGCGGCGGACAUAGUAGAGGAUGCUUGUGCAAAAUAUAGAAGUGCACCAGUUGUUGGUCUGUACGCCUGCAGAUCACCUAUUCUCGUUGUGCAGGAUCCAGAACUUAUAAAGACGGUCCUGAUAAGAGAUUUUCCCAAGUUCAUAGAUCGUCCGCAUAAAACUCAUGAAAGGGCAGAACCCACUACCCUAAACUUAUUUAAUUUGGAUCCGGAAACAUGGCGAUUGUUAAGAGCGAAGCAAAGUCCAAUGUUCGCGACAGGAAGAUUGAAAGGCAUGUUCAAUCUAAUGUUGAAAUGUUCUGAGAAGUUAGAAAAAUAUCUGGACUAUCUAGUUUCCAAAAAUGAAAUAGUUGAAAUUCGUGGGCUGACCACGAAGUUCGCGACCGACGUGAUCGGCAGCUGCGCAUUCGGGAUUGACACGAACACCUUGUGUCCGGAGGACACCGAGUUCUAUCGAAUGAGCAAACUUAUCACCGGCUACAGCUUUGAGAGAACACUACGAUUCAAGCUGAGAGUGUUUCUGCCGUGGUUUUACGAUUUACUUGGAUACGUGUGGCCUGAGAACACGUUGGCCCCCUUCUUCACGAAGAUUGUUAUGGAAACGAUAAGUUACAGGAAGAAGAACAACAUCCAUAGACCUGACUUCAUUCAAAAUCUCAUGGAACUUCGGGACUCUCCGAAAAAUCCGGGCGAUAUGGAAUUUUCAGACAAAAUGCUUAUGGCUCAAUGUGCCGCGUUCUUUGGGGCCGGUUUGGAUACAGUAUCAUCAACUAUGAAUUGGGCUCUUCUUGAGUUGGCUAUGAACCACGACAUUCAAGAGAAGUUGCGUCAAGAAAUUAAGGAGUAUAUAAAAAAAUAUAAAGGCGAAAUCACCUAUGAAACUAUGAAAGAGAUGGUGUAUAUGGAUAAAGUAUUCCAAGAAACAUUGAGGAAAUAUGCAAUAGCGCCGGUAGCAAUCCGAACAUCAGUUUGUGAUUACGAUUUCGAAGGUUUGAAUUUCUCAAUACCAAAAUCAACUGAAAUAUGGGUUCCAAUAUAUGCACUGCAUAGGGAUCCUGACAUUUAUCCAAAUCCAGAAAUAUUCGAUCCUGAAAGGUUCAACAAAGAAGCUGUAGCAGCUCGACACCCUAUGCACUAUAUACCCUUUGGCAGCGGGCCAAGAAAUUGUAUUGGAGGCCGUGUCGCCAUUUUCGAAACGAAACUCAGUCUGCUCAAAAUACUUUCACGCUACAAAGUGGACGUCUGCAAACAAACUAAGCUUCCAUACGAGUACGAUUCCAAGGCGAUUAACUUGGUGUAUAAGGGGAAUCUAUAUUUAAAGAUGACAGCAAUUAAAUAAUGGUACAACGACAAUAAAAAGUGAUAUACUAUUUUACUGUAUAAAGGAAUUAAAAUAUGUUGAAAUAAAUCAUCAAAUUCAUUAUAUUGAGA